AUGAGUAAUAUCGUACGACAGAGUAAAUUCCGACAUGUCUUCUGUAAACCUGUAAAACAUGAACAAUGCAUGUCGGAUGUACGCAUCACCGAAAUUACAUGGGAUUCACUGUUCUGCGCUUGUAACUCUAAAUUUAUUGCAAUAAUCUGCAAAGGAGCAGGUGGACCGUUUCUCGUCAUACCUAUCAAUAAGGUUGGACGUAUCGAAAAGGACUAUCCUUUCGUGGAUGCUCAUCGUGCUCCGUGUCAUGAAGUAGCUUGGAGUCCUUUUAAUGAUAAUGUUAUUGCAAGCUGUUCGGAAGAUACAACUUGCAAGGUGUGGUUAAUUCCACAGAAUGGCCUAAUUCGUACGAUUAGUGAACCGGUGGUUGAACUGUGUGGUCAUCAGAAGCGCGUGAAUACUUUAGCAUGGCAUCCAACAGCCAGCAAUAUUUUGCUUACUGCUGGUGGUGAAAAUAAAUUAUUAAUGUGGAAUGUGGGUACGGGGGAUGCUUUACUAGAAAUCAGUGGCCAUCCGGAUAUGAUAUGGUCUGUAUCUUUCAAUUAUGAUGGAAGUCGGUUUGUAACAACAUCUAAAGAUAAGAAAAUACGGGUAAUCGACUCUCAUACGGGUGAAGUUCUUCAUCAGGGUAAUGGACAUGAAGGAGUGAAACCACAGCGUGCAAUCUUUCUCAAGGACGGUAGAAUCUUUACUACUGGUUUCACAAAACGUUCUGAAAGACUUUACGCACUUCGAACACAGGAGAAUUUGGAUGAACCACUGAUACAAGAAGAACUUGAUACAAGUAAUGGUGUUCUGUUCCCACUAUAUGAUGAAGAUAGUGGCCUCGUUUAUUUAGCAGGCAAAGGCGACUGUGCUAUACGAUAUUAUGAAGUGAACAAUGAAUAUCCGUUUGUACAUUAUAUCAAUACAUAUACUACAUCGGAACCUCAGCGUGGUAUUGCAUUCAUGCCGAAAUUGGGUCUCAAUUCUAAUGAAAAUGAAAUUGCGCGCAUAUACAAAGUAACGACAAAAGGUGUUGUCGAUGAAUUGCAAUUUUUUGUUCCGAGAAAAUCCGACUUAUAUCAGGCAGAUUUGUAUCCAGAUACUCGGAGUCGUGUACCAGCACUGACCGCAGAACAGUUUAUCGAAGGUCAAAAUGCUCCUCCGAACUUGGUGCCAGUAAAUCCAGAUGCUGCUGUUGUUAAACCUAAGGUACAAGUGGCCAAAAGAACCAAUAUCCUUGCUCAACUUCCUCCCAGCCAGGAAUUGGUCACAUCGCGCUCACAGACUGAGCAGCAGAGGAUGUCAUCAUACGAGGAUAUAUAUCGUGAUGAACCAGCUCCAACACCCCGUCAAUCCAGACCAAAAAGCAUGCUUGCUGGACCACUUGACGAAGAUACUGGCAUUAUUAGGAUAGAACAUAGUGUCGUUCCGGAACGUGAACAGCGUCCACAAAAUAUGCGCAACCUAGAACGCCCAAGUGCAGCGAUAUCGCGACAACAGGUACAUUUGCGACCACAUAUUGAAAAAGAUAGUGCCCAGACAACGCCUGGUCAGAGAAGAAUAACAGCUGAUUUAGAACGUAUCAAACGAGCCAAAGAUCGGGAACCGGAUCGAGAAGAACUUGCUCCUCCACAACAAAUGCACAGUAAUUCUGUUUCACCAAGACAGAGCGUGAGUGGCCCUUCCGAGUCAGGUUCAAUGGAAGACGUAUUGUCAGACUUGAACAAGAUCAAAUCUAUCCUACGACAGCACGAGAGAAGAAUUCGCCUAUUGGAGGACGAAAUAGCCGAUAAAAAUAUGGCUGAUACAUAUAGCUUUUAA